AUGCUCAAGGAGCUCACCGACCAGGCUCAGGGCUUCAUGGGAAGCCGCAAGCCCUUCACUGCUGUCACCGACUGGAUCGAUCGACUCUGCACCCAACGAUACGCUGAAGAAGAAUACGAUGGAAUCCCCGAACUCGUCGAAGCUAUCAACUUGCAAUCUACCGGUCCCGCCGAAGCGAGCCGUGCACUCCGCAAGAAGCUCAAGUACUCGAAUGUGCACGGACAAAAACGUGCACUCGUUAUCCUCAAAGCCCUCGUCGAGAACUGUGGUCAGCGUUUCCAGACUACUUUCGCCAACGAUCAGCUCGUGGACCGUAUCAAGAUCAUGUCCCAGGAUCAGCUCGUCGAUGUCUCGGUUCGUAAGCUCUUGAUGAGAGUGCUGCUCUCGUGGCAUCAGCAGUUCAAGGAUGAUCCAUCCAUGAAGAUGGUCGCUGGUCUCUACCAGGCUUGUGGAGGUGGUAAAAAAUCUGAAGCGCAACGGAAGAGCCAGGCUGCUGAAGCCUAUCGUAAGCUGCAGGAGAAGCAACGUAUCGAGGCACAGAUUCGAAGUGACCGUAAAGCUGCCGAACAACUCCAAAAGGAAGAGGAGAAGAAGAGCAAGCUGCGCAGACAGAAAGGUGGAAAGCGACCGACAUUCAACUUCGAACAGGAGAAGCCCGCAAUCUUGCAAUCGCUUGCCAUCUCGCAACAAGUAGCCACAGCUCUAGUCAACGCUCUGCAACACGUCAACCGUGAAAAGGAGAGUGUCACUCAGAACGCACGUGUCCAGGACUACCUCGUCAAGACCAAGGUGGAGCGAAAGAAGAUCAUCCGAUACGUUCAGCUGGUCAAGGAUGAAGAGUUUCUUGGAUCGCUCAUCAACGCCAACGACCAGAUCAUCUUGGCGCUCGAGCUCUACGACCAUCUCUCGAAACCUGUCGAACUCGACUCGGACGAUGAAGAGCCGCUUGCUGCCAUUUCAGGCUCAGGACAGACUGCCGAGCAGAAGACUGCCGCAAGGAUUGCAGCAGACGAUGCCGAGAUCGAGUUGGUGCGCAAGAGGAUUGCCAAGGCACGUCUCGAUGCUCCCGACAGCGAGCUGGAAAAGCUACAGACACGACAGAGGGUGCGUAUUGAACGUCACAACUCGCGUGUUGGAAGCAUGCGCAGCUUUGACAUGAGUCCAGAGGCCACUGGUGCUGGGCCUAGCGGCGGUGCUCAGCGCGGUGGUGGCGGUGGUGCGAUGAACGACCUGAUUGAUCUCGAUUUCCAAGAAGACCAAGCUGGAGGCUAUCUGCAUCCACAAUCGCAAGGACAGCAGAGUGGACACGGCCGACGUGGAAUGAUGGCCAGCGAAGCAGCAGGAAGCAGUACUCAGCACGGCGCUCUGUCCGACUACAGCGACUACGAGUCGGAAGACUCAGCGGAUGCACAUCAUUCGGGUCAACAGGCGCCUGGACGGGCUCGCCAACUUGCAGCUACAUCUUCACGACCCGAAGGCGCUUCGUGGUCCAACCUGAACGAUUCGGAUGAGGAGGAAUGGUUGCGCACUACGCAAAACCACCGACCCAGCAUUGGUCCCGGCUUCAGCUGGAACGAGGAUGAAGAUGCUGAUGAUGAUCCGUUUGCUGAUCCUUUUGCGGAUGCCAACAAUGCCGCGGCUUCAGGAAGCGGUUGGGGUAUCGAGCGACCGCAGAACCAGCCUCGUAAGGAGUGGGGGGUGGUGUAA